GCUAUAAAAUAAGGAAUGAGUCUUAACUUGCCUGCCUGCCUGCCGUAGCUACUGGACCUUGACGCGUUUCCUUCUUCUCGGACUCGCCGACAAUCGGAAGAGUAUUUGAAGAUCUCGUCUCCAUCCCACACUUUUAGAUCUCGCUCAUAACACAAUGACAACUUCAAGGCGUCUAGCUGAUAGGAAGGUGGAGAAGUUUGACAAGAACAUCAAGAGGAGAGGGGCAGUGCCUGAAACGACAGCAAAGAAAGGAAACUCUUACCCGGUUGGACCUGUUGUUCUUGGCUUCUUCAUAUUUGUGGUCAUUGGAUCUUCUUUGUUUCAGAUAAUCAGGACGGCAACAACUGGAGCCAUAUCUUGAUGACAUGGAGCUUCCCUACUUACUAUACUACUACCCCUUUUGGAAAAGAUGUUUUUGACAUUUAUAAGCUUUUAGUUUCUGGGUUUGUGUUAAGAGUUUAAAUUUAAAUUAUGUUCUUCUCCCAUGACACUGUCUAUCAUCCAUAACUCAUCUCAUAAUACUCUUUGUUUCUUCAUUUGCUUUGUUUACUAAAAUCAAUAAGCACUUUAUCAAAGUUUUUAUUUAAAUAUUUU